AUGUCAAAAGUAUAUGCGUUGGUGGCAACACCGGCAGGUAUAAUACUGAUCCUAGUAUCAUCUUGGUAUUUUUAUGAACCUACGGACAGUUCUACAAUAAUCGUGUCUACUGUAAACGGAAAAAUUAAGGGAAAAGUAGUAAAGUUGGAAGUCGAGGAUACAAAUCCCGUAUGCGUUUUUCGAAACAUCCCUUUUGCUAAACCACCAGUGGGAAAACUGAGGUUUUUACCUCCACGUCCAGCGGAACCAUGGAAAGGUGUUCGAGAUGGUACUAUACAGGGUAAUCUGCCAAUGUAUUCAAGAAUACUCGAUGAACCUCUAGGAACAUAUGAUCCUUUCCAUAAUCCAAAUGCCAAUGAUAUCCACAGCGAAGACUGUUUGCAUUUGAGUGUUUACGCGCCCAGAGUCGAUGAACCAAAAAAGCUUCCGGUCAUGGUGUUUCUUUAUGGAGGAGGAUUUGUAGUAGGAGGGGAGAACUUUUAUGACGGAACUGUGUUGGCGGGAAUGAAUGAUGUGGUGGUUGUUGUACCUAAUUACAGAGUUGGAAUAUUUGGGUUUUUAUCUCUCGGUUCGUCAUCGAAAGUACCCGGGAAUGGAGGCUUUUUGGAUCAGCAAUUGGCGUUAAAUACGUCACCGCCGAAUGGGUUGCUAGACGCUAUUACUUUCAUUAUUGUUCAAGUCCUAUGA